CCCCGCGACGGUCAGUCGUAACCCGCACGUGAAAUCAGCCGGUAGAAGAGUUUAAAAUGUCGGUUUUCCACGACGAGGUUGAAAUCGAGGACUUUGAAUACGACGAAGAAACGGAAACGUACUACUUUCCGUGUCCGUGCGGAGACAGAUUCGCCAUCGCGAAGGAGGAUCUGGAGAAUGGUGAGGAGGUGGCCACCUGUCCGAGCUGCUCACUUAUAGUGAAAGUAAUUUAUGACAAGGAGCAGUUCAUGUGUGGGGAAGUCAUUGAAGCACCGGCUGCGUCUGAAGCUAAACUGGAGGUGGCCUAAAGAUGACGGCUAUCAUCAUCAGCUACAUUUUGGCCCAAAGACUGUACGAGGAACAUUUGGACAUGAUGUCUUCAGCUCCACUACUACUAAAUAACUCCACUAACUGGAUUUGUAGAACUACCGAGUGGGGGAAACUCCUCUGUUCUCAUGCACUCAAGACAUUUGCAACAGCAGUAUUUUGCACUUGGACAGUCAAUGUAGUUAAUAUUAUAAAGUUAUUUAUAUUUAAUAGCAUGUGUAGAUAGACUCUGAAUAUAUUUUAUAUUUGUUGUAUUUUAAAAUAAAUUCUAGGGAAUUUGAAGCAUUUUAGUUGUAAUUAUGGCACUUGAACAGCAGGGGGUGCUGCUGAAUCAUCAAAAAAAUCAGCUCGUAUACUGGUAGGUCUCUCCAUUAGCAUACAGAUAUCAAACGGGUUUGGGGAGUAACGAACUACAUGCUGUUACAGGGAAUUCUCUGCCAUAUUAGAAGGUUAGAACUGACAAAACUAACAUACUGACAGCAUCGCUUCCAGUAGGACGAUUUCACAGCUGAUAACACAGAUAACGGCCUUAUUAUGUGGCUUGUAAGUACAAUGUAGGUAAGGGGUGUCAAACUCAACCACUAAAGGGGCCGUAUUAAAAAAUCUCAGCAAUCUGUGGGUCAGAGAAAAAAAUGUUUAUUUUAUUUUUAAUUAAUGUUGUGCUCUAACCCGAACACUGUAAAAUACAGGCAUGUGUAGUAAACCUUAAAAUACAGGGUGUCCCAAAAAAAUUGACAUCAUUUGAGAUGUG